AUGAUGUUUAUGAAUGGACAUGGUGGAUAUGAAUAUACCAAAAUUUAGGAUACACCAUAUUUAUUGGAUUUUGAAAUGGAAAAAAUAACUAAAGAAAUGAAAUUUUUGAAACUUUAUCAAGUAGCCUUUUUGAUAUCUGAUUCAUGUGGAGCUAUCACUUUAUUUGAAACAGUGAAAGCCAAGAAUAUGAUAUUAUUAGGAUAAAGUUCAUUGGGAGAAAAGGCAUAUUCUUAUGGUUGAUGUUCGAUAUUGUCUAUUCCUAAAACAGAUAAAUUUUCUAUAACUAAUCAUUAUUGGUUAAAAAAUGAAUUAGACAAAAACCAAAUUUAACUUUACUUGAUUAAAUAAAAAAAUAUGAUUAUUCAUAUCAUAAAGCUCAUUCAAAAUUGA